AAUUUUACUUGUUGCUUAAAGUCUCUUCAUUUUAUUUCGAUAAUCAUGGACGGUUUGGAUCUUGAUCUGUUUCUUCUUUUGAAUCCUGGGUUUUGGUUGGAGCAUUUUUGCAGCAAAAGAUGCGUAUCAAAUUGUCAGUGAAUAGUGAAAAAUGCAGGAAGAAGGCAAUGCAAGUAGCAGUUGUUGCAGAUGGUGUAACUUCAGUGGCGAUGGAAGGGGAAUUUCAGGAUGAGCUUGUGGUUGUUGGAGAUGGAGUGGAUACAGCUUCUUUGAUUAUGGCCUUGAGGAAGAAAGCAUGUCAUGUCACUCUUGAGACUCUUGAAGAAGUGAAGAAGCCACAGAAGAAGCCACAGGUCGAAGAGAAGUCUGUUACACCGCAUUGCUGCAUAGCUCAAUGUCCUGUGGUUAGCAAUGAGCAGCCAAGGCCUGAGGUUUAUAGAAUAGUGCAUGAUUCUUAUGGUCCAACUACUGGGUGCUUAGUUAUGUAAAAGAAGACUAACGAUAUAGAUUCCAUUUCC